CCUGAAUCGGCCCCUAAUAAACCCGACCAGAGCUCCGUAGUUGACAACUCUAAUCUGAACCCGUCAAAGCCAAGGUCGCCGAUCUCCGAAGUCAAUACCAAAAAAAAACCAAAAAAAAAAAAAAAAACCCGACUUACACCACGCAAUACUGAAUCAAACCUUCCAUUGAAAUUCUUUUGAUCCGAGAGAAACUCCAGAAACCUCCAUUCCUGGUUCGUGCUGCAAUCAAUAUCUAUCUCUCUGUCUUGCAAGAGGAGGAUAGAGAAAGAGCUCAGGAUUAAAAAAAAAAAACCUAAGAGUAAUGUCAUGAACAAAUGCUCAGCGAAGAACACCAUCAUCGAUCAUCGCCGCCGAAACUAUGAAUAAUAGCACCACCACCACAACCACAACAAGCAAUAGCUCCACCAUUAAUGGCGGUGCUUCAACUCCCAUAGUCGGACUUAAAACUUACUUCAAAACUCCUGAAGGCCGCUACAAUCUUCAUUCCGAGAAGUCUCAUCCUUCUGCUUUACUCCAUUUUUCUCACGGUAAAUCCGUCUGUCAGGUAACUUUAGCUAAUCUUAAGGAGAAGGCAGCAUCAACAACACCCACAUCGAGCUCGGGUUAUAAUGCAACUAGUAGUGUAAGAUCAGCUGCUGCAAAGUUGCUUGGCACGAGUAAUGGAGGGCGAGCUCUUAGUUUUGUAGGAGUCAAUGGAGUUAAUAAGUCUGCUGCUGCUGCUACCAAAACUGCUUCACUUGGAAGCUCUAGUAAUGCUAACAACGCGCCUAUUACCAAUUUUGAUGGUAAAGGAAUGUACAUGAUAUUUAAUGUCGGAGACACUUUGUAUAUUAGCGACGUAAAUUCACAGGACAAGGAUCCCAUCAAAUCCAUACACUUUGCCAAUUCAAAUCCUGUAUGUCAUGCCUUUAAUCCCGAAUCUAAGGAUGGCCAUGACUUACUCAUAGGGUUAAACUCCGGAGAUGUCUACACGGUAUCCCUAAGACAGCAGUUGCAAGAUAUUGGAAAGAAAGUCAUUGGUGCUCAGCAUUAUAACAAAGAUGGCUCUGCCAAUAACAGCCGAUGUUCCAGCGUUGCAUGGGUUCCUCAAGGAAAUGGUGCAUUUGUUGUUGCUCAUGUUGAUGGAAACUUGUAUGUGUAUGAGAAGGGGAAGGAUGCUAUUGUUGAUUCGUCUUUUCCACUCAUAAAGGAUGCAACUCAAUUUUCCACUGCACAUGCAAAAUCUAGUAAGAGCAAUCCAAUUGCCAGGUGGCAUAUAUGUCAAGGUUCAAUCAAUAGAAUGGCAUUCUCCUUUGAUGGAACUCAUCUGGCUAUUGUUGGUAGAGAUGGAUUUUUAAGAGUAUAUGACUAUCAGAAAGAACAGCUAGUAUGUGGUGGAAAAAGCUAUUAUGGUGCUAUUCUCUGCUGUGCAUGGAGCAUGGAUGGUAAAUAUAUUCUGACUGGUGGUGAGGAUGAUCUAGUUCAAGUUUGGAGCAUGGAAGAUCGCAAGGUUAUAGCAUGGGGUGAGGGGCACAAUUCAUGGGUCAGUGGAGUUGCUUUUGAUCCAUAUUGGUCACCCCCUUCUUCAGAUAGUGCAGGAGAAAAUGUGAUGUAUCGCUUUGGUUCUGUUGGCCAGGACACUCAAUUACUCUUAUGGGAUUUUUCAAUGGAUGAGAUUGUAGUGCCUCUUCGCCGUUGUCCACCAGGCGGCUCACCUACAUAUAGUGCUGCAAGUCAAUCAUCUCAGUGGGAUAAUGUGGUUCCUUUAGGCUCUUUACAGCCUGCUCCGAGUAUGCGAGAUGUCCCAAAGCUCUCUCCUCUUGUUGCUCAUCGUGUUUACUCUGAGCCUUUGUCGGACUUGGUCUUCACUCAGCACUCCAUUCUCACAGCAUGCAGAGAAGGGCACAUAAAAGUUUGGAUGAGACCUGGAUCUUCUGAAAGCAUAUCAAGCGAUUCAGAAACUCUCUCUAGUGCAACAGAAAAGCCCCCAAUACCAACUGCUAAUGGAUCGAAUGGCAAAUAACCAAGUGAGAAAUUUCCAAUCACGAAUUGUGUAGACAGUUGAGUGUCAAAUUGCAGGUAAGUUAUAUUUAUAUGCAUAUGCUUAAUGAGGCUCAUGCACCAUCUAAGUAGUCCUGUUGAGCUAAUCCACUCUAUGCAUCUGUGUGUAGUACCAAUGUUAAUACUGCCAGCUGCUGAAAGAGCUUAAAUGCGUAAUUACUAGGUUAUCAGCAUCUUUAGGAAUACUAACUGUAUAGGUGCAAAUAAUAGAGGUGCUGCGGAAAUCUUUUGAGAUAUUAGUUAUAGACUUCCAACGUUUAGUAUGAUCUGGUGGUAGAAGAUCGAACUUCCAGUCCGAGCAAUUGAAGAUUUUGUUGUACAUUAACGACUUCAAUCCUUUUUAUUCUUGUAUAAUGAUUAUUAUUAUCAUCAUUUUAGGUUUAGAGACGAAAUUUUCUUAAUGAUACUUUUUCUUAUUUGACGUACAAUAUAUUUUAUUUGUUUUCUUGCA